CGGGCGAUGGAGGAGGCGCUGCUGUCCACCCCCAUCAACCCCAACAACUUCCCCGCCAAGCUGUGGCGGCUGGUGAACAGCCCUCGGUACCGCUCCAUCCGCUGGGACGGCCGAGGCGAGGGGCUGCUCAUUGACCAGCCGCUCUUCGAGGCCGAGCUGCUCAGCCCGCCCGGCCCGGGUGCCGGGGGCGCGGGGGGAGCCGGGAGCAGCGGCGGGGGCGGCGGCAGCGGCGUCGGGGCGGCCGGGGCCGAGCCCGAGCUCUUCAAAACCACCAACUUCACCAGCUUCAUCCGCCAGCUCAACCUCUACGGCUUCCGCAAGGUGGUGCUGGGUGGGCCGGGGGCGGCGGGGCCCGGGCCCGGGCCUGGGGCUGGCGGGCCGGCGGGCGACGGGCCACUCCACCACUUCCACAGCCCGCAUUUCCGCCGCGACCAGCCUCAGCUGCUUGUUCACCUCAAGAGGCUCACCAGCGCCAACAAGGCCAAACUGGCGGCCGGACUGGAGGUGCCCUGUCGCCCGCCCAACCGCUUCCAGCGGCUCCUCAUCACGUCAGCCUCCGCCUCGGCCUCAGCUUCUACCUCCCCGCUGCAGCAUCAGGACCCGCCGCCCCAGCCUGCUGGGCCCCGGCCGGAGCAGCAUGGACCAGUGGCUGUAGGACAAUUUCACCGGUCCUUCCGGCGAGAUAAUUUGUCUCCUUAUUCCUACGUAUCAACUUCAUCCCACAACCACAGCGCUUUCCCUCUGAAAGGUUUAGAUCGAACCCCGAUUCCUCCUAGAACAUGGCAGAACUCCCUUGGAAUGCACCCUGGACAAGUGGAAACGUCUCCCACUUUUUCAGAUAAAGGGGUUCCAUUUCCUGUACUGCAGAGAUUUCCAACUGAGGUUACUUAUACGCUGCAGCCCAGCGCCACAUCUGUACACGUUCAACAAGGUCCUCAAACAAUGGUCAGCUCCUCCCAAAAAUAUAGUAACUACACACCCUCAGCGCAGUACUCGCAAGCCUACUAUCCAACAGCUGUGCUGCAGUGCUGCUCUCCUUCCACCCACAUGGACGCCCUCAGCAGCUGUGUCACCCCCACUGCCUCUUCCUACGCACACUGUAAUUACUUCCAGAAUCCUCCAAUGCAAUCUUCCUAUCCAGUUGAAUUUCUGCCUUCUAAUUGGCCUUGCAGUGCUACUGAUGAAAAUAAAAAGACAGAAGUAAAUCUAGAGGCUGUCUUUCAGAUAGUAGAUGAGUUGCACUCCUCCCCUAAGCUGGAGAUGGUAAAGGUGGAGCCUGUUGAGACUCAGUGUCCGUCAUCUCAGGCUAACAGAGGCCAGCAUAUCUUACCCAAUGCAAACAGCAGCAACCCAUCUUCCACCAGUCAGGCUAGCCAGCUGGAGCCACUCACUCCUGUAGGCUCAGAUAUUACGUCUUUUGUGGUUGGAACAGAACAAGCAAUUACCUGCUCUCUACCCCAGUCACCUGAGUACAUCUAUACCAUCCACACAGCUCAGCCUUUGGAAAAUAGCACAAUGCAGGAAUCUGCAACCAUCCAACAAACUCAUGUCAAACUGAAGGAGCAGCUAAAUCAUAAUCCAUCUCCGUCUUCAGUAGUAUUUGUGCAGGAAGGGCUACCAUUCAGCACACAGCAGGUGGAUAGCAGUAUAAAAUGCCAGACCAAUCCCCCGGAGAAUAUCUUGCCUUCAGAACAAAUGGGAUUCCUUAUUUCAGAAAUGGGGCCUGCUAACAAGUCUAGUAAAGACACGGGUUUAUCCACUCCAGCUAGAUACAGAGAGCGAAGAAGCAACUCACAAGGAAAGUCCCCUGAUCUUCAUUUGCUGGUGGAUGUGGCCUGCAAGCAGGAGCACUUUCCAAAGGAGGAGGAGUUAAAAGAGUAAGGAGGAGAUGGAGGACAACCGUGAUGUUGUGCGCUGGCCACAGCUGGAGGCAGACAGGCGCUGCACGGGACACGCUGUUGGGAGUU